GCCACUUUCUGCAAUUUGUCCCCAACUUCCGCGUUAAGUUGUUCUCAGGUCUGUAAAGUUUUGGAACUCGUUCUACUUUAAAAUGUUGAACUUUUUGUUUUCCUUUUGAGUACUUUUAGUUUCCUCCCGCUCCUAUCCCUCUCUGGCGAGCCCUGAGCCGCUGCUCCCCGGCUCCAGGACUCCGUUUGAAAAGCAGCGGCCGCUCCGUCUUCCCCGGAGCCGAUCGGAGCGACGCACCGCUGGGGGGAACCGAGCAGGUAACCCGGGGAUUCCGGGCAAAGGAGCUGCCUAAAGACAGAGAGAAGCAAGUCAGGGACUAGUGACGGAGCAGAGUUUUAAAAAGUCCAACUUAAUUAAGUUAAGUGAUACAAGCAUUCAGAAGGACUGCUGGUACCACUGUGUGUGUGUGUUCCCAAAGGAUCCAGAAAUCAAAGUUAACGGGGUCAAAUUUGGAACAUGGGGGGGUCUGCCAGUCACCUCUCAAAGGAGCAACUUUCUGAAUACCAGGAACUGACAUUUUUAACAAAGCAAGACAUUCUGCAUGCUUAUCGAAUAUUCGCGGAGCUGCUUUCAAAAGAUCUGGUUGACUUCCAAAACACACGAGUUUCAAAGGACAGGAUCUGUGAGAUGCCAGAGCUGAAGGCUAACCCCUUCAGAGAGAGAAUCUGUCUGGUGUUCUCAACUGCGAUUGAAAAGGAUGGCAGUAUGUCUUUUGAGGAUUUCUUAGACAUGCUCAGUGCUUUUAGUGAUUCGGCAACGCCCGAGAUCAAGUCGCACUAUGCUUUCAGAAUUUUUGAUUUUGAUGAUGAUGGCACUUUAGAUAAAGAGGAUUUGAAGAAAUUGGUGAAUUGUCUGACAGGAGGUACAUCUGAUACACAACUGACAGAGGCAGAAAUGAACCAGCUGAUUCAAAAUAUUUUAGAAGAAUCCGAUAUUGAUAAAGAUGGAACCGUGAACCUCUCAGAAUUUCAGCACGUCAUCUCCAGGUCGCCUGACUUUGUGAGCUCCUUCAAGAUUGUACUUUAAAGCAAUCGUGGAUCAUCUGAAAGAUCAACGUUCUCCUGAUUCUAGCAACCGAUUGCCUUCGAUGAUUUUUCCCUCAAGGUGGGGUAUGGGAUUAGACAGAGAGAAAAGAGUAGAUUUUUGACAAAGAAUUUAUCUAUCACAACAUCACUUUCUAAAGCUGCAGUUACAGUAUUCAAAGUAAUCAUGUUUCAAAAUGAUUUAUACUAGGGAGAGAAAAUGUUUUAUAUUUUGUGACAAAUGACGGAAACUCAACAUUUUUAAUGUGCAAUAAAAGUAUUUCCAUCCCAA